GAUUUAAACUAUUUAUGAUCAAAUAAAAUAUAAGUGUGCUAAUCAUGCAUAUUGAAAAUUGAUUUUUGUUUGUUUGUUUGUUUCACAAUUUUCACAAUUUGAAAAUGAAAACAAUGUUGACGACAAUGUUUUUUUUAUUAAUACUAUGGUUGUUAUUACAGAUUAAGUUUGAAUGAGAAACGAAAUUUAUUUAAUCAACGAUUUCAACAAGGACAAUCAAGUUUAACGAAUAAAUCAUUUAGUGGUGCAUCUGAACCAAAACGUGUAAUACGUCGUAAAACUCAACCGAUUACAUUGGAUGAUUUAGCGAAAGCAAAUCAACUUAUUUUAGAAAGAUAUUAUGGUAAACAUUUAGGUAAAUAUAACGAAAAUUCAUCAUUAAUUGAUUGAGUAAACUUGAAAAUAAUUGUUAAAAUCUUCAAAACUUUUUUCUAUUGCAUGUGCAUGUGAAGGAUUAUCUUUGUGUUUACGGCUCCAGAAUAUAAUACAAAUUAUUGAUUUUUCUGGAUAAAUAUUUACAAAAAUGGAGAAUAGACAUAACAAACCAAAUCCAUCCUCUGUAAUUUGUUUGAAUAGAUCGAAAUAUUUUUAUACUAAUUUCAGCAUGACUACAGAUGAGUCCAAAGAUGCUUAUAAUGAUUUCUAUAACAGGUCCUUCAUUAAUCGAAAUAACUGUUAUAGCAAUAAAUAUGGUAGAUGCGAAAAUUAUAUGGGAUCAAUGAUCAAGACAAAUAAUGAGUUCCCUAGAAAUCAAAGACAAGAAGCACAUAAUAACAGAUUGAAAAAUCCGUCUAAAUCAUUCCGUUUAGAUCCACAUCAUGAUAAAUAUGAACUUUAUUCAUCGGACAAAAACAUUUAUAACUAUGAUAAAAAUGAAUAUUCAAAGAAUAUCUAUCGUAGUAAUAGUUGUAAACAUAACCAUACUAGUGAUAAUUAUGGACCAUUUACACCAGAAUUAAACAGAGAAAUAUCAGCAAGGAAAUCAUCUAAAAUAAAUCAUCUUGUAAAUUUAUUGUAUAGAAAUUCAGAAGAACGAAAUAAGCAACAUAUCAUAACUAAUAAUAAUACUGGUAAUAACAGCAGGCCCAUAAAUUCAUUAGAACAAAGUGGUUUACCAGAGGGUAAUCAAAUAAAAAUUCAAAAUAAAUCAUUUUCCGGGAAACUACCUAGAACAGUUAAUUAUUCAUUUAAUUUACAUCAAAAUAAUAAACAAGUCGAAAAUACCAUAUUAAAUAAUAAUAUUAUUAUUCAAAAAGAAGAUAACAGCGAAGAGAGUUAUCCACAAAUGUCAAUUAGAGAAAGGAUUGCUUGUAUUCAACAGAAUACUUUAAAUUGGAGAGAGCGCGUUGAAAAAGAAGAACCAAAUGUAGAUAGAUCAUGUGAUCUCAAUAAAAUUCGAUUAUCAUUAGUUGAGAAACAAGAAUCUUGGAAACAACGUGUUGAUUAUAAAAAUGAUUAUGAUUUUCCAAUAUUUGAACGAAAUAAAAAAACAAAUGACUAUACUAGUCUAGAACCUCUUCCAUCGAAAUGUCCUCAUUCACAAGAUCUAACAACAAACACAUCGAAAUGUUUACCAGUUGAACCAAUAAUACGCAAUACUAGCAAAGAAAAUCGUUCAGAAGUCAAACAUCAAGAAUCAUUUACGACAGCCGAUCCCAUCAAUAAACCUAUUACCAUAACGAAGCCAAGCCCACUUGUUAGACAGGCAUUUCAUAUAUCCAAAAAUGUUAGCGUACCUACUAUGGAAGAUAAAGAAUUAACAGAUUUCUUCACCAGCAAAACGACUAUAGAAACAACUAGUGCAGUUGGACCAGUUAAGCUUCCGACUUUGCCUUCGCAACCAAAUAAAGAUUUAAACAAAGUGUAUGAAAGGAUAGCUGAUGCACGACGUGCUGCUAGACCAGAAAAACGUAAACCUCCACGGGACUUAAAAAAUCCUUUAAAAGCUUUAGAACAGAGAGAAAACAUAAAAUCGAACUAUGAAGAAAUUCGUACACCUUUGGAAGCUAUUUCAACAGACCAAGAAUCUGGUAAACAUAUCACACCGUUUAAAACAUUAUUACGUACAGUGGAUCCAUCUGUUAGAACUGACCUAGAUUUUGCUGCAAAAAACUCAAUUCUAGCCGAUUCAGCUAAAGCUGGUCUCGCAUGCUCUGAGGACAUAAAUGAGGCCAAAGGUAAUCUACGUUCAGUCCAAGAAGGACAAUCUCUUCGUAACUCUUCAACCCAAAGACAACUUUUACCUUACAAACCAAUCAUGUUGUUGCAUAUCAAAGGUCGACGUCAUGUUCAAGUUCGUUUAGUUGCCCCUUCAGCCAAAUCUAUGAAUUCCGGUGACUGUUUUAUUCUUAUCACAAAUGACUCAGUAUUCGCUUGGUUUGGUGAAUCCGCCAAUAUUGUUGAAGUGAAUAAAACUCGAGAGUUAGCAUCAUGGAUUCACAAAAAGCAUGAAUUGUCAUAUACUGGGAAUUUAGGUGAAGCAGCACAAAAUUUCGGUGAUGGUUAUAUUGCAAUACAUGAAAAUACUGAUUCUUACAAUGUUGCUGGCUGUUUGGAUAAUGAGAAUCAAAAUAACACAACUGGUAGUUCUAAUCAGCACUAUUCUUCAGCUUUAAAGUUUUGGAAAGCUCUAGGUUAUAAUUCACCACAAAUGGUUCAUCACGCUGGACCACCUGAAGAAGACGAACGCUAUGAACUAAUGAUUCAGCACACUAAUCGUGUGUAUCGUGUUACUUUAGAUGGCUUAAUACCAUGUGAAGAGUGUUGGGGCAACCCAGUGAAAUAUCAUAUCUUACAAUCAGAUCAGGCAUUCGUUUUUGACUUUGGAUCUGAAAUGUAUUUAUGGACCGGUAAACAAAUUACUUCUGAACUCCGUCAAGCUGGUAUCGAAUUAGUUCAUAAGGCAUACAACAUGAAUUAUGAUUUUGGUCAGUGUAAAUUAAACCCACUGGAUCCAUUAAACUCACACACCAGUGAUAUAUUAGCUUCUGGAUGUAAACGACCAGAAUGGACUUUAUUAGGCAAAGUAACGGAUAGAGGUGAAACAGUCUUAUUUAAAGAGAAAUUCUUUGAUUGGCCUGAUACUUCAAGAAUUCAAAUAAAAUCAUUGAAACCUGGAAAAUCAAUCUCCACGGAGAGUUCUCCUGCUAUAGCUUCAUUGACUAUGGAACCAUAUUCAGCUAAUGAACUCUAUGAAACUGCAAUUAAUAAUCCACCACCUCCUCCAAAUCUACUAACACUUGAAGGACGUUACAUUGGUCGUGGUGGUAAAGUAUGUCGUUAUGAAGAUGGUAUAAUAAGACAGUUUUGGGUAGAAACAAAUGAACUUCGUGUAUGGCAUAUUUCGGAAUUCGCUAGGUACGAAAUACCUUUAACAAGUCAUGGACAAUUUCAUAGAGAAGAUACUUAUGUCAUCAGAUGGUCAUAUAAAAUUGCUUAUACCAGUUUACAAAAUAGCAAUAAACGUCCAACUGAAAAUGUUCGUGAACAUUGUGCUUAUUUCUAUUGGCAAGGAUCACGAAGUAAAAUAACAGAAAAAGGGGCAGCUGCAUUAAUGACUAUUGAAUUAGAUGAAGAAAGAGGUCCACAGAUAAGAGUGAUCGAAGGAAGAGAACCACCAGUAUUUUGUUAUCUAUUUAACGGUCGAAUGAUUACGCAUGAAGGAAAAAGAACUGCACAAAAAGAAUUCACUACACGUAUGUUCAUUGUCCGUGGUGAAGUUAUGGAAGAAGGUCAUCUCAUUGAAGUUCCAGUUCAGUUAAAUUCAUUACGUCCACAAGGUGUCUUAUUAUUAGUGCAAUAUACCAAAUAUCCAAUGACAGAUUCUGCUGAAAUUAUUAGAGCAUUCUGUUGGAUUGGUCAAUUAGUACCACCGAGUUAUUUAACAACAGCAAAAUAUGUUCUCAACCAAUUAAAGAAAUGUUGUCCACCAGAACUUGGCAAACAAUUAAAUCUGAUUUAUGAAAUUCAUCAACAUGAUAGAAAUGAACUAUCUAAAGAAUUUUUAAAUAUACUCAAUUCUGAAGAUCAAUUAUCGAGUCCAUUAUGCUUAGAUUCAAUAAAAUCUCAUAGUCUAAUGGCUAUCUGGCAAUUUACACACCAUAAAGGACGCAAACUAGGUGUGGAACGAUUAAAUUAUACUCUUCAGCCAGAUCCGGCAAGUUUACCAUUUGAUGAGACAUUGAUCAAAACUAAUACUAAUAGUGUAUCGCCAUCAUCACAAUCUACUGAAGGAGUUACUGAACGAUUUUUAGCAUCACAAAACUUAAUAACUGCCCACUUAUCUCAGUCUCCUAUAGAGCCAGCUUUUCCAUUCCUACUUGGAGAUUUAUACUCUGUACCACAACCAUCCCUGUUUCUCAUCAUAACUCGAAUACCGUCUGUUUAUAUUUGGGAAGGAUGGUGGCCUAUAUCUACUUUAACAAGAUCUCGAUUUAUGUCACAAAAGUUAUCAAGAUCUUUUUCAACUUAUAGCAAGUCUCCUUCUAUUCUAGGAGAUCAAACAGAUGAUUAUAGAUGGAGUACAUCAUUAGAUGAAUGUUUUGAAUUUAGUCCACAAAAUUCAGCCGAUGGAUCUUUUGAUUUUGAAGAAAAUGAACAACCAGCUUUGACGGGAACAGGUCGUGCUCGAUUUUGUGCUGUACGCAAAGCUGCAAUGCAUACCGCUAAAGCUCUAGCAGAUAAAUUAGGUACAAAAGCUUAUUUAAUCUACGCUGGCUUAGAACCACCGGAAUUUUUAGUUUUAUUCCCUCCUUAUGUUAGAUCGACAGAUGCAAUAGCUUAUCAUCAAUUUGAAGAUGGUAAAACUGAUGGUCAAAAAGAUUUAAUUGACAGUUUGCUAUCAUCAUAUACCUUGGCUUCAUAUACAUUGAGUGAUCUUCAACAACGUCCUCUCCCGCCUGAAUUGGAUGCAACCUGUUUAGAAACGUAUUUAGAUGAUAAAACCUUCGAAGAAAUAUUUUCAAUGUCUAGAGAAGAUUUCAAUAAAUUACCAAUAUGGAAACAGGCAGAAAUGAAAAAGUAUUCAGGUUUAUUCUAACUGAAUUAUCGACUUGUUUAAAUUAUUCAAAUAUAUGUGUAUGCAUAUAUAUGUAUAAGCCCAUGCACAAUCUCACAUAAAGAUAUACACAUAUCAUUACAACAUUCACAGUAUUAUACUGAAUUGCAUCAUAUACACAUGAAGACGAAGAGAUUCUUUGAGUUACAUAUUAUUAUUUCACAUUUUUGUGAACACAUAUACCAGAUAAUACAUAUAAUUGUAUAAAUACAAUACCUUCAAACAAUCCCGGAAGUGAUGACCUUGAAUUUAUCGAAUAUUAUCAUACCCUCUGGAAUGUAAACCAACUUUAGUUUGAAAAAUAAAGAUUCAUAUACAUAUAUAUAGAUACAUAUAUAUCUAGACAUUUUUAUCUCAUUGACUGACUUAAUUUUGCUACUAUUUGAAAGGUAUAAACUUAUUUUAUGCAACUAUUUUUUAUACACUAUGGCUACUUGUGAAAUAAAAAGAGUUAUAGGCUGAUUCGUGUUACUACUAUCAUUAUUAUUACCACUGUUAUUACUAACUAUGUAACUGCAUAAAACAUAAUUUUCAUCAUACAGUUUGUUUAUUUUUCUCACACUUAUCCAUUGUCCAUAUUUAUGAAUGCCUUAUUCUCAACUUCAAUAUACUAUGCAUGUAUUAAAACACUUUAUAUGAUCUAUCAUCCAUACUGUGUUAGGGUUAAAAACAGAAUACUCGAAUAAGUAAAUUCGUUAUUGGCUUUCAACAGUGAUAUACCAUCUUCUUUCUUUUUUUCUUUAAUUCAAACAAACAAAAACCUAUUAAUCAUACAUAGAGAUAGAUCUAAAACAUAAUAUAAAUAAAAUCAAUGGCACAAUCAUAAGAAUUCAUUUGCAUAACUUUCAUAUUCAUUGUCUUUCAUAGUUUAUGUACAACAUAUAUAUAUAUAGAUAGGUAAACACAUUCAGUUUUAGUUUGUUUGUAUUGUUUAUAUCAUUCUAUGCCUUUCUAUCAAUCAAGAGGUAUUGACAUUUCAGCUACUUUUGUUCUGUAUUCUUCUUCUUCUUCUUGUUCUUCUUCUUCUACUACUACUACUACUACUCCUUCAAUGAAUAUCAAUUACAAGAAAAGUAUAUUGAAGUUUAUAAAAAAAGAUAAAAAAUAUCAUUAUACCUAAUCAUAAUUGUGCCUUUGUCACUAUACUUACCAUUAUAUCGAUUACUAUUAUUAUUAAUGUUGUUUUCAUUGUCAAUGUUUAUCUGCCACUAAUUUGUUUCAGAUCAUUUAAUAAACUGAAUUAUUUUCAUCAUAAUUAAUAAACAUUUACUUCUGUUGC